CUUUUUUGUCCACCGCGAGCCUUGAUUCUCACAGCCACUAAAACUGUGGCCGAAUAAUGAUUGGCUCUCGUCGCUGCCGCGAACGAAGUCUCGUGAUCUGGACCGAACGGGAAAGUCCCUUUUCGCAUACCACUCAUCAGCACUAAACCUCAGGGAGGCUGAGAGGACCGGCCUUUGGAAUUGUUUAAAGGGAAGCAAUGCUGCUCUCUUCAAAUCAUGAAUUGUACGAAGUCUUUGAAUUUGACAUCUGAAAGUCCUUUCUACUUCUGACCACUGACCACGAUGUCUUCGGCUAAUGAUCCUCCACUAUAUACCGACACGCCUCUGGCACUGCUUGCAACCCCCGCUUUUCUGACAGGAAAGAAAGAUCCUUUCACCAUAGGAGCUUCCCAUAUGACGCUGAGCCAUAAUUCCUUGAUCCGUGGCUUCAACAGCAUCUACCAACAAGCUCCCAGGAUCUCAGCGUCCGAUUACAAGGAUUUCACUGGGUAUUGCCUAGCGUGGCAUAGAUGUAUAGAGCAGCAUCAUAUGCACGAGGAAGUCAACUACUUCCAGGAAAUUGAGAGAGUCACAGGCCAGAAAGGAGUAAUGGAUGGAGAAGUGGAGCAACAUGCGGCCUUCCACGCAGGUUUGAAAACUUUCAAGGACUACUUGUCGAGUCUCAAAACCCCCACAUCAGAUUUCAAGCCCAAGAGGCUGCUGGAGAUCAUGGACUUGUUCUCAGAACCUCUGUACACUCAUCUUGCGGCCGAACCACAAGCUUUGCUUGCUCUGUCCCGCUUUGCAUCCCCUGACAGGGAAUUUGACCUCGUCAAGAUCGAGCAUGAGCAAGGGAAGAAAGCAGUCACAUUGGACUUUGCUCUAAAUACUCUCCCGAUUUUCAUGAACAACAUGGAGAUGGUCGAAUUUGAGGGAGGCAUGUGGAAGAGACAUCCGGCCAUCCCUUCGGUGGUCAGAUGGAUCAUGAAGGUUGUGAUUCCGCUGUGGAAUUGGAGAAUUUGGAGGUUUAUGAGUUGUGAUAGUGAUGGGAGGAGGAAGCGAAUGGUUGCGUAGGAAUAUGGGGAGAGGGGGAAUGCUCACAAGAGUGUUCACAAUGGAACGUUUUGUGCUAAAUUUCUGAUUUACGUUUAAUUUUAGCUUCAUUGAUGGGUAUCUGGAGAGAAAAACCGAUCUGCAGACAGCUAAAGCUGAACAUUGUUAACCCUG